AUGUCCCAAGAUCCUAGACUACGUGCAAGGGGCAUCGACCCGAGGCUAGCUCGAGGGAAUGCUGUAGGACCGACCGAUCCUCCAUACAGCCAGAAUUCAACUCCAACCUUCUUGCCGCCCCGCCUCCAAAGUCCAAACCCCCUUCUUCAAUCAUAUGGUCAAGCUCUAUAUCGCACACGUAACCGCCCCCUCUUUUGCGUAGUAUGUGCGUCGAAUCAGAACCGAUCCAUGGAGGCUCACAACGUUCUCGCUCGGGCCGGGUUCCGUGUUAUCUCCUCAGGCACUGGUUCAGCCGUGCGACUCCCAGGCCCAACAGCUGACCGUCCAAAUAUUUAUGCUUUUGGAACGCCGUACGAUGACAUGUGGAACGAUUUGCAUAAUCAGGAUCGCCGGUUGUACGAAGCCAAUGGACUAUUGAAAAUGUUAGACCGAAACCGUAAAAUAAAGAGGGCACCAGAGCGAUGGCAGGACAACAGGACACAGGCAGACGUGGUCAUAACAUGCGAAGAAAGGUGUUUUGACGCAGUGUGUGAAGACCUGCUUAGCCGGGGCGGCGAGUCGAACCGGCCCGUACACGUUAUCAAUGUCGAAAUUAAAGACAACCACGAAGAGGCUUUGAAAGCUGGUCUUGCGAUUCAAGAUCUGGCGGCUGCAAUUGAAGGGUCUGACGACCUCGAUCAAGACAUGACCAGAAUCCUCGCCACCCAGCAGGAACGCCACCCACAUUCCUUACUUCACGCUUUGCUUACCAGACCAUGUCAUUCCAUCAUUAACCAAGCAUUCGACAGCAGACUGCGUUUGGAUAGGCGUAGGCCCAUUAAUGGAGACGGGUUCGGCGUAGGCUGGUACGAUUCACAAGAACUGGAGCAACCUGAGGAGCCCUCGUCCACACAGGGCGAGCCAUGCAUAUUCAAUUCUGUGACCCCUGCUUGGAAUAACGUCAGUGGGCUUGUCCCAACCGAUUACGCUAGGGUACGAGACUCACGACUUCCAGGCAAACCUUACGCGGCUAGCUGUCAAGAUCAAAUCGCCUCUUGUAUUGCAAGUCAAUCUGUUCCUCCCGCCAACUCUCGUAGCUUAAAUUCUGUUAUGCAGUGCGCAUGUCAGAGCAACAACCGCCGGCUCGCUAUCAUUGGACAACUGUCAUCCAUGGAGCCAUGGCAAACUCAUGGUAUGUAUUUACUCACUCUCCGAACUGGCCCCGAAAAACCAAACCCUAACCAGUGGAUGCACAACGGGAGUAUUGCCGACUUUCACCUGAUCAAACGGAAGCUUCAAGCGUCCUUAUCCGACGAGCUGUUCGCUGUCCCCCAAGGAAACACCGAUUCAGAAUGGGCUUUUGCACUGUUUUUGUCGUUUUUACCAAACCCUAAAGCCAAAUCAUUUACACCUAAUGUAUUGAAAAAGGCAAUGCUGUCUUGCAUUGCGCGACUAAACCAAUGGGCCAAGGAAGCCAAGAUUACUGAACCAUCAUUGAUGAACUUCUGUAUCACAGACGGCAAGUCGGUCGUCGCCACACGUUACGUAUCUUCAAGAACGGAUGAAGCGGCUUCACUGUGGUUUAGUUCCGGAACGACGUUUCACGAGUACGCGCCCGGCGGACAUUACCGCAUGACCAAGUCUGAUAAACGCGAGAAUAUGUUUUUAAUUGCGAGCGAGCCGCUUACUUUUGAAAAAGCUGAUUGGAUGGAGAUUCCCUCAAAUACGAUAAUAGUAAUUACCCCCAAGAUGAAUAUUCUCCAAAUACCUAUUAUCGAUGAGUUCUACGUUCCAGCAUCCGCAGAGAACAAAAGACUCGGUGAUUUUGCAGCCACCAAGGGCUUGUUAAGCCGAGGCCAAGUAACGAAUGAACAUGAUGAUACUCCGCCCAACGAGCCGACGUCAGGGUUGUAG